GUGCUGUCUAUACAUGAGGGGCGGGGUUGGCGGGAGAUCCGAAGUUUUGUACCGCCCUCUCUGCUGUAGAGCACGCCACAGUGCGCGAGCUUGUUUUUGCAGACAAUACAGGAAUACAAGCUUAUUUUUUGAGUCGGUUUCAAUUGUUCUUAUUAAUUUUUAGUAUAUUUAAUUUAUAACUGUUGGGUAGACAUGACGACCCAGUCGUACCUGCCGGUGCCACCCGGGGUUGGAAUGGAGGAAAAUUUCCUGUCUCUGGAUGAUAUUUUGCUGUCUCAAGAGAAGCUGCCGACCCGAACGGAGUGCGUUUUCCCUCGACUGGGCUUCGUGGAGAAAACCAGUGACACCCGCGACAUCCCUGAGGGAACAAAGAUGGAGAUGCCCCUGUGGUUGUCAAAGGGUCUGUAUGAUAACAAGCGGCGCCUCGUGUCUGUAGAGCAGCCCAAGAUUUACCGGCAGGGCUGGAGAACAGUGUUUAGUGCCGACCCCAAUGUGGUGGACCUUCACAAGAUGGGUCCCUAUUACUAUGGUUUGGGGUCCCAGUUACUGCACUUUGACAGCCCUGAGAACCCUGAGAUCGCACAAACUGUGCUACAGACGUACAUUGGACGUUUCCGCCGCAUUAUGGACUCCUCGCAGAAUGCCUACAAUGAGGACACGUCUGCACUGGUGGAGCGGCUGGAUGUCCUAGAGAGGUCUCUCUUCCGCACUGGACAGAUCGGCCUCAAUGACUUCCAGCGCUGGGAGAAAGGCCAAGCCUCCCAGAUCACUGCUUCCAACCUGGUGCAGAACUACAGGAAGAGGAAGUUCCCAGACCUGGAGGCCUGAGAACUGAUGGGGCCGCUUCUGCAACAAAGAAAGAACUUUGAGACGCAACAAAUAACUUCAGGCUGACGGGGCUACUGUCAGGCUCUCUGUGGGGGGAAAAAAUGUGGGAUGAAGAAGAAAAAGUUCUCUUAUCUGUAUCUUGUAUCUUGUCAAAAUGUAGAAAAGUAAAAAGACAAGAUGCUGCUGGAGUAUUUUUAUGAAUGAAUGUGACCUGUUUUGAAAUAAUGCAGUUGCUGUGCAGUUUUCAUGUACAUUUUGUCUUAUUUCUUAAGUGGUAACUUGGACUAAUUUGAAUGGUGGUACUUUAUAGAAUGACCUAUAUUGCAAGAGCUAUGUACCAUAUCACUGCCACACUAUUCUGUGCUGAAUAAAGACAUGUUGGAAACAUAUUCUACCAGGAUCUACAGAAGGUUUGUAUGGUCAGUUUUGUAAUAAAUAUUUUAAAGUUAAUGUA